AUGCCUACCAGUAAAGGCAAACCAUGGGCCAUUGUGAGGUUGAAAAGUAAUGCACGAUCACACACAGAUGCCCCACACUACUUUGCCGGUAAUCAUGUUUCGGGUAUGUUUGCUCUUCAUCUCGCAGAACCGACUCAAUUGCGAGACAUAACACUUUCGAUCAGAGGUCAGAUUAUUACCGGCGAAUACUGUAAUGAUAUCUAUGCAUACACUUUUCUCGAAGAGCUUAUCACUAUCUGGUCCAAGGACUGGGGUGAUCCAGGAGGGCCGCUGUUUAACCCAAGUACCAAGUUCUCUGGAAGACUCUCGGGGGACUAUUCCUGGCCUUUUGAUCUCCCGUUUCCGACAGGUUUGUCCCACAGGGUCGGGAACGCAUCUACUUCAUCUCUCGUUCGUCUACCUGACUCAUUCCGAGAAGCCAAUUGUAAUGGUAGCAUUCGAUAUCAACUGAUUUUUCGUGUCAAUCGAGGCAAAUUACAAACGAAUAGCAAGUUACAAGUUCCCGUAUUAUACACUCCCAGGGUCACUCCUGAACCAAUGUCUCUUCUCCGCCAGAUGGCAUAUGAAAACAGUCUUCCGCUUGCAGGACCUGACUCUGAUCCUACGGGGUGGCACACACUCCCACCGGUGAUCUCUACUGGUAAACUUUUGGACGGCAGCAGUGGAACGCUUCAUUGUACAGUAAGUUUACCCUGCCGACUCGUGUAUACCCGAGGAUCUGUGGCUCCGUGCUAUCUGCAUAUGCACAGCACGGAUAUACGAAUCUUUCGCGCUCUUGACCUCCCGAAGGCCAUUACCCUGAUUUUGCGACGUCGCAUCACGUACCUAGAGCCGAGAAUUGGAGUCAAGAAACGUUUACAGGACUGCACAGAAACCUCCGUCAUCGAUGUAUCAAAGGUUAUUUGGUGGUCGCCUGAUUCUCCUGACGACCCUCUCAGACGAGUAUUCGAGGGCGAGCUCCACAUACAUAAACAGCACCCUGCUGCUUCAGAUUACGAGCUCUUCAGGAUCGAGUAUAAUGUCGAACUUCUUCCCUUCAAGUCCCACGGGUUUAUUCCUUUCAGCAAAGACUCUCUCUUGUCCCAGAGAGUGGAAGUAGCCACAGAGUUUGCGGAUGGUCCGAUCCCGAAGGCUUUGACGACGGCACCAAAACCCGACUUUCUGUACCGCACGCAGGGCGCUGAUGCGUUUGUUCUUCUGAAUAGUCCUGACGCUGGAGGGUUGUCGAUGCAGCGUUGA